AUGCAGAUGAUCGUGAAUCCUAGCUCCAACUUAUUUGUAUGCGGGGAGUUCCUCUUGGCGAGUGCAGCCUUUGGUACCGAGCAGUAUGUGGUGGACAUUAUGACAACGACCGACGCUCGUUACCCGGUUCGCUCUAUCGUAGCGCUUCAAGUUUUGACCGGUGUGUCUACUGAUACCGUUUACUCCGCUUGUGAUGAACUGGAACCGCAAGGACAAUGGGAAACUCCAGGAUUCGUGCUCAAGUCUUCUGAAGGUGCAGCGGCCAACAGCAACUCCAGCGAUGUUAUCAUCUGCGUUCAACGUCCUCUCACCAAUGCAACUGGUUCAUUCUCUGUCUUGACAGACCUUAGUGUGGUUCUUCCAACCGAGUCCUGUGUAGUGGCAGACAGUGCUAACAGCACGGAAAUCACAAGUGACCAAAUUAAACUGUGCGCUGCAUGGGACAUCGUUGACUUUGGCAAUAGCAGCUCCAAUACUUCAGUGUCAAGCGAGGCAACUUCAUUCUUUGUAGCUGAGCUGGCACUGUACGUAACCUCGGAAGCUGAAAGUGCACAUUUUAACAUCUCGUCAACAGUUCCUGGCGAAUGGGGACGUCCAGCGAUAAUGAGUUUAUUAGCUGCAGCUUCGAUUAUCGCUCAAGAAUUGAGAGAAGAAAGCAACUCAACGAGCUCGGUAACUGCUGGCAAAGACAACGAUCCCUUGUACAAUAAAUGUCGCGAGGCGCUUACGGUUGCGUUCCUCGACGAACUUCUGGACAUUGAGCAACCAGACUUCGUAGUGUUCACAGGUGACAACGUCCAGACGAAUUUGGACACUUCGAUGCACGCCUUCGCAAUGAAUGUCUUCUCUGCGCGAGGACUGUCACGGAAAGAAAUGCUGGAUUUGUUGGUAGAAGGAAAGCAGUAUUCGCAUGUGAAGUAUGGACCUCGAGACAUUGGCGGUGUUGGUAACUACGAAGUCAACGUCGUAGCGCCUACUACGGGUCCCUGGGGUGAACAGGGUUCCACAGUGUUCCGUAUGUACUUCAUGGACUCGCAUGUUACCAUUGACACUACAGCAUAUCGUUCUACCGACAAGUCUCACGCUCCAGAAGGAGCUGCCGGUGGUGUGCCGGCAGUCAUGUUCUACCACAUCCCAGUUCCAGAAUACGCGAUGGCCUCGCCAUUAAACCGAAACGGCGAUGAGAAAGAAGUUGUCGCUAGUGCUGAGGUGAACAGUGGUCUGUUUUCCGCUCUCGUUGAGAUGGGGGACGUCAAGGCAACAUUCGUAGGCCAUGAUCAUGUCAACGAGUACUGCUACUUUCGUCAAGGAGUUCAGCUAUGCUAUGGUGGCGGUAUUGGUCUAGGCAGAGCUUACGGUCUUCCCGGUUUCGAGCGACGUGCACGAGUGCUCGAAUGGACCUACAACGUCAACCGGACACGCACGCUGCAGAGCUGGAAACGGCACUUCGAUGAUCCCACACAAAUCCAGUCGCUUGAGCUGCUCUACUCCGAAUAG